CGUUUUCCUUUUAUUUUUGAUGACGGCCGAAACCCGCUUUCAGUUUUCUUUCAGCUUUCGUCCAUAACGCGUUCCGAAUUCCAGUUUUCAGUGAAAAAGUUAGUCAUAAAGUGGAAAAAAUAGUUGGUGCAUCUUGAAAAAUAGUCAUUUCCGAAGGUGAUAGUUGAAAAUGUCGGACAGCAGUGGUUCGGACAAUGAUAGCGUGGUGUCGAAUCGGUCGCACAAAAGCGAAAUGUCUAAUCGAAGCAGAUCUGUAUCUAGAUCCGCUUCACGAUCGGUGUCGCGUUCCCGAUCACGGUCCCGCUCCCGAUCUCGAUCUGCCUCUCGAUCCAGAUCCCGGUCCGCUUCGGGUUCUAGAUCCGGGUCGGAUAUCGAACAGCCACGUAUGAAGAAAAAGCGCAUUCAUUCAGGAGCAACAGAUGAGGAGGUGGAGGAAGAGCAGGAACCGGAAGGCGAAGAUUUGGAUUCGGAAGAGUUCGAAGAUGACGAAGACGAUGACGAUCGUCGGGGCGGCCGUAAAAAGAAGAAGAAGGAGAGGUUUGGAGGAUUUAUUAUCGACGAGGCCGAAGUGGACGAUGAAGUCGAUGAGGAUGACGAAUGGGAAGAAGGGGCUCAGGAGAUCGGAAUUGUCGGAAAUGAAGUAGAAGAGUUUGGCCAGACAGCUAGGGAGAUUGAAAACAGAAGACGAGGGACGAAUCUUUGGGACAAUCAGAAAGAAGAUGAGAUUGAGGAGUAUCUGCGGAAAAAGUACGCCGAUGAGUCAAUUGCACGAAGACAUUUCGGCGAUGGAGGCGAAGAAAUGUCCGAUGAAAUUACUCAGCAAACUUUGUUGCCCGGAAUCAAAGAUCCCAAUUUGUGGAUGGUCAAAUGUAGGAUCGGAGAGGAAAAGGCGACCGUACUGUUGCUAAUGAGAAAGUAUUUGACUUAUGCUAAUACUGAUGAACCUUUAAUGAUCAAAUCCGUUGUGGCCCCAGAGGGAGUUAAAGGGUAUGUUUAUAUUGAAGCUUAUAAACAAACUCAUGUAAAAUCUGCCAUAACCAAUGUCGGUAACUUGAGAUCUGGUAUUUGGAAACAGGAGAUGGUUCCAAUUAAGGAAAUGACAGAAAUUUUAAAAGUCGUUAAAGAACAAACCGGUCUUAAACCUAAACAAUGGGUACGCUUGAAGCGAGGUAUUUUUAAGGAUGAUAUCGCCCAGGUGGAUUAUGUUGAUCUUGCACAGAAUCAGGUUCAUCUUAAGCUGCUUCCGCGAAUUGAUUAUACGCGUUUACGUGGAGCACUACGUACGACGUCUUCAGAUAAUGAUGAGAACAAGCGCAAGAAAAAACGACGUCCGGCAGCUAAACCGUUCGAUCCGGAAGCUAUCCGGGCAAUCGGCGGGGAGGUCACAUCCGAUGGUGAUUUUCUUAUCUUUGAAGGAAACCGAUAUUCACGCAAAGGUUUCCUAUAUAAAAAUUUCACAAUGUCUGCUAUUUUGGCGGAAGGAGUAAAACCCACUUUGGCUGAAUUGGAAAGAUUCGAGGAACAACCAGAAGAAAUUAAUAUUGAGCUAAGCGUUUCCGGCAAAGAAGAUCCAACUUCAUCGCAUUCGUUUUCCAUGGGUGACAAUGUAGAAGUUUGCGUUGGUGAUCUUGAAAAUUUGCAAGCAAAAAUUAUUGCUAUCGAUGGAGCUCUUAUCACCGUAAUGCCAAAGCACGAAGAUUUGAAAGAUCCUCUUAUUUUCAAAGCCACGGAACUGCGCAAAUAUUUCAAAAGCGGUGAUCACGCUAAAGUCCUUGCUGGUCGGUACGAAGGAGAAACUGGUUUGGUCGUUCGCGUUGAACCACAACGGAUCGUACUGGUGUCGGAUUUGACCAUGCACGAGUUGGAAGUUUUGCCUCGUGAUCUACAGCUCUGUUCGGAUAUGGCCACAGGAGUCGAUUCCCUGGGGCAAUAUCAAUGGGGUGAUCUUGUGCAGUUGGACGCACAAACUGUUGGUGUUAUAGUACGUUUAGAACGAGAAAAUUUUCAUGUUCUUGGAAUGCAUGGCAAAGUUAUGGAAUGUAAACCAGCAGCAUUACAAAAACGUCGCGAAAAUCGUAACACAAUUGCCCUCGAUACUGACCAGAACCAAAUUCGUCGCAGAGAUAUUGUCAAAGUCAUUGAAGGUCCGCAUGCCGGACGUGACGGCGAAAUAAAACAUCUUUACCGUAAUUUGGCUUUUCUUCAUUCCCGAAUGUACACGGAAAAUGGUGGUAUUUUUGUUUGCAAGACAAGGCAUCUUCAGCUGGCAGGAGGAAACAAAACGCAAUCUAACGCCCUUAUGCCCAUGGGCCAGUUUGGAUUUAUGUCGCCAAGAAUCCAUUCACCAAUGCAUCCAUCCGGUGGCCGAGGAGGUCGAGGUGGCGGAAUGAGAGGUCGGGGUGGUGCAAAUCGUGUUAGUAGAGAUAGAGAAAUCCUUGGAAAAACGAUAAAAAUUACUGGCGGACCUUACAAAGGUGCCGUUGGUAUUGUGAAGGAUGCCACAGAAAGUACGGCCCGUGUCGAACUUCAUUCGUCCUGUCAAACAAUUUCUGUUGAUAGGAACCAUAUUGCAGUUGUCGGAACAACACCUAAGGAAGGAUCUGUCUCGAGCUAUCCCCGUACACCAAGCCGUACUCCAGGCAGCAGUUACGGGUCGCAAACUCCAGUUUAUUCCGGUGCCAAAACACCGCUUCACGGAUCACAAACUCCAUCGUACGAUGUUGGUAAUCGUACUCCUUAUGGUUCAAUGACUCCUUCUCAUGAUGGCAGCAUGACACCACGACACGGUGCUUGGGAUCCAACUGUUACUAACACCCCCGCUCGUUCGAAUGACUUUGAUUUCAAUAUGGAAGAACCAUCACCCAGUCCCGGCUACAAUCCUAGCACCCCUGGCUAUCAAAUCAACACACCUUUCGCUCCCCAUACUCCGGGAAACAUUUUCAACUCAGAAAAUUUCAGCCCUUAUCAACCCAGCCCUUCACCGAGCCCAUCGCCGUAUCAAGUUAACUAUAUGGGCACACCAUCUCCUUCCGGAUAUUCGCCAGCAACUCCUGGUGCUCCACAAUCACCAUAUAAUCCGCAAACUCCAGGUGCCAGUCUGGAUUCUCAAUUUGGCGAAUGGUAUACCACGGAUAUUGAAGUUCAAAUUGGAAACCACAACGAUUCUGAUUUUGCUGGUCAAACCGGUAUUAUUCGCUCGGUCAACAAUGGCACCUGCUCAGUGUUUCUGCCCGAGGAAGAUCGAAAUAUCUCGGUCGGCAGCAACCUUCUAGAACCGAUCCAACCCGGUCCGGGAGAACGCUUCAAGGUUAUUUUUGGCGAAGAAAGAGAAACCAUCGGCGAAUAUCUUGCCCAUUCGGGCAGCAAGGAAGGCAUGGUUUCCAUCAAUGGUAUCAAAAAGCUGAUGCCGAAAAGUUAUCUCUGCAAAAUGAAAACAGAUUAGUGAUGAUUCGCAACCUCGUUGAUUGCACUCCAUCGCAAAUUUUUCUAUUGAAGAACACUUAUAGAUUUAUAUAUAUUCAGCAUACGUAGAAAUAAGAUUAUCUAUCCCUCACUACCGAUGUGGAAGCAAAAGAAGAAGAAAUAGGCCCCAGCAACUGUAUCUGUAACGGUCCAUCCUGUAUUUGUUGUAUAGAUUUCAAUAUGACUUACAUCGAUCUCGGGGGUCCCG